AUGAGUGGUCUCAGCGUCAGGGAGGUCAAAAUGCUAUGCAACGGCCUCACCAGUACAGCUUCCCUCCCACGUGGACGAUCGCAGAGACACGCAAAAUUGACAGAAUUGGUCGCCAUCCUCGGCACCGGAAUGCCGAUUUCCAAAGAAAAUCCAGAUGCAAGGCCGCUAUUAUCUCAUUACAGGAGAAUCCUGCCGGCCUGCACGAUCGAUCGAGUAGCCGAGCAUGAAGGGACAUCGCCCAAAUGGACAGCAAGACAACGUUCUAACUUACUUCGCAACCACCCAACAUUCUACGAAGCCAAGUUCCUGGACUCCAUCUUUUCGAACAAAGAAUCUCCUACUGCCAAAUUCGAUGCCGACACGUGGACACAGCUCAUCAAUAACAACUUUAGCUUCGCCAAGGAGGUGCUCCUCAAAUUUCUCGACGCCGGCGAUGAGCUGCCCGUCACGCCAGACGUGCUCAUCAAUCAGAUUGCUUUGCCCCUGGCAAGACGAUUGCGACGACGUAGAACAGCCACUCAGCAGCAUUUCCCGUUCGAAAUCCUUGAGCUUCUCGUCCGGCUCAUCAGCAGGCAUUCCGAUCUCCAGAGGAUGCUGGAUGAUAGCCUUGUUGGUAUCAUGUUCCAUGUCAUCAAGUUCUGGGAGCAUACCCGUUCGACGCGGCCGCAGGUUGAGCAGCACUUGAUCGAGCUUUUGAGGCUUACGCCGGAGACAGGGUGGCAAUCGGCAAAACAGAUCGUUCCGCAUCUAUGUGCUGUCAAGCCGGCCGUAUCCUAUCGAUUAUUUCGACGUAUGCUCCGACAUCUACCUGCCUUCGAAUUCGACAUCGACGACGCUAUGGUCAACGAAAACAGCUCUCUCUCGAAGAUCAAGGGACCAUGGCCAGCAAGAUUCAAAAUAGACGUAGAUCUGGAGAGACGCAGAAGAAAGGCAUCAUCAAGCCGCGAUUGGGAAAGCAGAGCCUUUUGGGCUCGGUCAACACUCAACCUCGCCAUCGCGGCGGGCUCAUUGGACCUCUACGCAGAGAACCUGCUUUGGGCGAGACGCUUCAACAAAGACGUGUUUACAGUGAGGGAUCUUUACUCCGAGCGGGCCAUGAAGACUGCCGAGGGCUUAGACUUACUCAGCGGAAUUGAAGUGGCUUCUCAUGCCGGCAAGCCAUAUUUCGAUGCCGCGAAGUCUGUCCGGUCUGCGAACAAGAUCAUUAUGCAGCUGCUGGAAACCGCAUCAAUGUCCCUUCGAGAACCUAGCUUUCAGGCUUACGACUGGCAAGCCGUCGUUCAAUUGCCUGCAGCUGUGGUUCAAAGACGUUUGCGACUAGUCAAUAAGUUCCAAGAUGCUCGAAAGCUGACCGAUGCUGAGAUCUAUGAGAUCGUUUGGCAGCCAACUUUGGACUUCUUGGUUGAAGUAGAGACUCUCGUGCUUCAUCCCAGCCAUCACGAGCUCUACACUGACGGAACAGAUGGGCUGUACCCCGUGGGGGACUGUUUUGAAGCACGCGACAAGCGGUCUCACGCCUACAAGUUCGUGGACAGGCUAGCCAAGGCACGCGACGAGUUAUGGCAAAAGCAUCGCCCUCGGCGUUUUCCAUCGGUCCUUACUUGGGGCGAACCCUGGCCGAAAGGGUUGCCGAGGGUCGAAAAGGUUGUCUUCGGAGAUCCCAAGGACAAAGAGUCUGGGGAAGCCAUAGGUCGGUUUGUGGACGAAUACAGCUUUGCCUUGAAAUCAUACGUCGACGGAGGGGAAGAAAGCUCUCGGCAAGAAGAGCGCACUCGUAAAGCCUGGCGUCAUGCAGUCGACAGCCUCAGCGGAGCGAGAAUGACGAAGAUUGAAGCUCCACGGCUCUGGAAACAACGUUUUGAGUCCGCGGGCGUCUCAUUGCCCAUGGACAUCAAAGCAGAAUUCCCGCGACGAACCGAGCCUUCGCUUCCCAAAGCCGAGGAUCCAGAAAAGCCAACAGAAUGGAAUCCAGAUCCCAGUCACACGGAGUUUGAAGAGCUAGGUAGCAAGAAAAUCCCGGUGGCGAUCUUGGACGAGAUGAUGAGAUGUGCCGACAUUGGCUUGGGUGAUGAUUCGGCUUGGAUGACGUCUAUUUGGACAGAUGCAAAGGAAGUUCCGCCCAUGGAUGGCCCCAAUUUCUGGGACGCAAGCCAAUUCUCACAGCCUCUUCCCGGGAAAAGUGUAGAUGCAUACUUCGCAUCCCUUCUCCUCGCUCUCAACGCCAUUCAUGGCUCCGACAGCUCAGUCUUGAAGCACCCAUUUCCAUCAAAGGUCGAUGUUCGAUAUCCGGCAAUUUACCUGGAUCAGGACUUUCUUGAGACCGUUGACGAAGCCUUUCGACGCGGCAACGAGGCCUGGGUAGAGCACAUCAUCAAGUCUGGCCCGCCAGCACUGCUUGUACGGGUUGUGCAAUAA